CUGCGCUGCACGCAUAUGCCGGUUGAAAAUGGAUCAAAUAUUACGUUUAAACAGUUGUUAAUAGUAGCGUAAUAACAUGGCUGUCUGUGCUUUUGCUUUGAAGCUUUUACCCUCGGUAAGAGGAGGGUUUAGCAGACGAGCUUCUUGUCCCGCACGCUCAGCUGUCCGUGCGUUUAUGUGCACUGCAACUCGUUGUCAACUAGACAGAGUGGAGAGGACAAGUGCUUUGACAGGAAAAGUGGACCGAUUCGGUGGAGUGACAGUGAACCUGGCUGAGUCCGGUUUACCGGCGGACAUCAGCGAAAGCUCAUUCAGCAGUUUACUGCAAGAUUCUUUGCUCCAGUGGAGAGCAGAGGGGAAAGUUGCAGUGUGGCUUCGAGUACCCAUCCAGCUGAGUCGAUGCGCUGCCGCUGCCUCUGCUCACGGCUUCACCUUCCAUCAUGCCAAAGAUGACCACGCUGUGUUGGCCCUCUGGUUGGGAGAAGGGCAAAGCAGGCUGCCAGGGUUUGCAACUCACCAAAUUGGAGUGGCAGGUGCAGUUGUUGAUGAAUCCAAUGGAAAAGUUCUUGUUGUCCAAGACAGAAACAAGACAAAAAAUGCUUGGAAGUUCCCCGGUGGCUUGUCUGAUCCAGGAGAAAAUAUCGGUGCCACUGCCGUUCGUGAAGUCUAUGAGGAAACUGGUGUUCGCUCUGAGUUUAGAUCUCUGCUCAGCAUCCGGCAGCAGCACAACCACCCUGGCGCCUUUGGCAUGUCGGACAUGUACAUCAUCUGCCGACUCAUCCCGCUCACCCACGACAUCAACUUCUGCACUCAGGAGUGUCUGCGCUGCGAAUGGCUGGACCUCGCCGAGCUGGCCAAGACCAACGACACCACGCCCAUCACCUCGCGCGUAGCCAGGCUCCUCCUUCACGGCCUGGAGCAUGGCUUCCGCAAGAUUGACCUCACCAUGGAGGAGCUUCCUGCUGUCUACUCUGGGAUGUUUUACCAGCUGUACCACAGGCAGCUUUCUCCGACACUAAAAUCCUAGCAAGCCAUCAUCAACCUGAUGGGGUUAGCAUAUCAUGGCUUGCUGUGUUGAUACAUGGUCAGUUUUUCUCAUAUUUGAAGUGUAUUUAUGACUUGAAUUAUGUUUGCAGUGUGUUUCACACACUAACUGUUACUGUUAAAGAAAUGUGGUGCAAUAGGCUGUGAACCUCAAGAACAUUCACUUUGUGGUUUUUAAAGAAUUAUGCCACUGUGGUACGUGCGAGACUUCAGAGUUUUAUACAGUUUAUUUAACACAUUUUUAGCAGCCAUGUUGGAAGUCCACCGCGGUUGGGCUAUGGCUGCAAGCAGCUGAUUUAAUUUUUGAAGGUACUGUUAUAAAUUCUACUGUAUUUUUGGUGUGACUGUGACUAGGUCAUUUUGUGACCUGUAUUGAGAUUUCAGAUUUUCAAUAGGCUAACUACCAGUGUCAGCAGACCAUAUACUGUAC